UGGGGUUACCAUACUUGGUAAGGGCGUUCCUCGCUACGCUAUCUACGUAACCCUUACGUCACGUCCGGUUCCUUCUUUUUCAUCCUGUCUCUCAACAUGGCGCCGCUCAAACAGAAGAGACCUACUGCUGGCAGGAAGACCAAAAAGGGAGCUUCAUGGAAGUUCACCUUGGACCUGACCCACCCUGUGGAGGAUGGGAUCCUGGACUCUGCAAACUUUGGCUGCCUUCCCUAGCGCCGCAUAUACUAGGGUUCUCUUCCCUAGUGCGUCAAUGUGUUCUAUCCAACAGGAAAUCUUCCUUAAAGAGAGGAUAAAGGUCAAUGGAAAGACGGGGAACCUGGGCAACACAGUGCAGGUCGGCCGCAUGAAGAACAAGAUCAACGUCACGUCCGAGAAGCAGUUCUCCAAAAGGUAUCUUAAGUACCUGACAAAGAAGUACCUGAAGAAGAACAACCUCCGUGAUUGGCUGAGAGUCGUGGCCUCCGAUAAAGAGACAUACGAACUGCGCUACUUCCAGAUCAGUCAGGACGACGAGGAGGAGUCAGAGGCAGACGAGUAAAUGAUUCUGUCAGGAGAAUAAACGAGGAAAAAUAA